AGGAUUUUGAUGUUAUAUGCAGCGAUUUAUUUUUUCCAAAUUGAGACCCAAGUGUGUGUGUGUUUUAUAUACACAUGUAGUUUGUGCAAGGUGUUAUGAUUAUAGUUUUGUCUUGGUACGUAUAAAUUGUAACCAAAAGGGGCAUAAUAAUAUAUUGAUUGGCAAAAGUCUGCUGGUGUCACCGUAGUAACCAGACGAAUGUUAGCGAGAACGCGGUGUGGCAUGAGUUUAAAUCAUGGAAGAGGCCAAUGCAGACGUUAACAUGGCACAGGUCAGAGACUUGCAAGCAUCGCUUUUCCCUAUUUGUACAAAAGGGACAUUCUUAAAUAAUUUAUUGAAUCGUACACUAAGGAAUGAUCAAGUUGAUAAUGUAAACGCAGAUAGUGACACUUCGCAGAUAGAUUCCAAGUUACGAGACGUUAAAGAAGUUUUUCCGUUGAUGAAAGAAGUAGAUUGCCCUUAUCAAGCAGCUAGAUGGCCAAUGGAGUGCCAAGUUUUAGACGAUCCAGUUACUCAUAUUUAUCCAACGUCUACAUCUUAUUCAGAAAAAGAGCCCCUAUAUAAGUUUACGGGUAAAGAAAUACAGCCAAAACAAGUAGGCGAAGAUUCAGGAGAAGUAAUCUUUAAAUACUAUCCUGUCAGCAGUGUAAAUUAUUUUUGUCGAUCAGCUGUUGGUGGUAGUGCGUGUUCUGAAGCACAUUAUAGCCAAGACCCGUCAGAUUUGAUUUUUGAAUCCCGUUUUGAAUCUGGUAAUCUUGCUAAAGUGGUCAAAAUUACUAGCACAUAUUAUGAACUAUCGUUGAGAUCAGACAUGUAUACUAAUCGGCAUACGCAAUGGUUCUAUUUCAGAAUAGAAAAUACAAAAAAAAACAUCAAAUAUAGAUUUUCGAUUGUCAAUAUGUACAAGUCUGAGAGCCUUUUUACUGCUGGAAUGAAACCACUAUUGUAUUCGAUAAAAGAAAACAAUGAAAAAUGUGUGAGCUGGAGACGUUGCGGAGAAAAUAUUGCGUACUACCGAAACGACGCUCCAAACGGUGACAGCGAAGAUAACCCACGUUAUAUAUUGUCGUUUCUUUUAGAAUUUCCGCACGAUAUGGACACUGUAUAUUUAGCUUAUAAUUAUCCGUACACGUACACGAAUUUACAAGACUAUCUAAUAAAGCUCAAGGAUGAUCCUGUUAAAGCAGUGUUUACAAAGCUCAGAGUUUUAUGUCGGACAUUAGCUGGUAAUAAUGUUCAUUAUUUAACAGUUACAGAACCUUGCCAAGAAGAAGAUCCAAAACAAAAAAAAGUUAUAGUCUUAACAGCACGUGUUCAUCCAUCAGAAACUCCGUCUUCUUGGAUGAUGAAAGGAUUUAUUGAUUUUUUAACUGGCGAUUCGUUACAAGCUAUGGAAUUACGGAAUCGUUUUAUUUUCAAAUUAAUACCGAUGUUAAACCCUGAUGGUGUGAUUGUUGGUAAUAGUAGAUGUUCAUUGAAUGGACGAGACUUAAAUCGACAAUAUCGUAGUGUAAUUCGAGAUGCUCAUCCUGUUAUUUGGCAUACAAAACUAAUGCUCCGCAGAUUAAUAGAAGAACGUCAAGUGGUCAUGUUUUGUGAUUUACAUGCUCAUUCGAGGAAGUCAAACAUUUUUAUGUACGGUUGUGAAGGAAAAGGUCACGAAGGAAGAAAACUGCAGGAACAAAUAUUUCCACUUUUAUUACAUAAAAAUGCUCCAGAAAAAUUUUCAUUCGAAGAUUGCAAUUUCAACAUACAACGUUCAAAGGAAAACACAGCUCGAGUAGUCGUAUGGCUAAUGGGAGUGGAGAAUAGUUACACUAUGGAAGCUUCUUUUUGUGGUUCGUCACUCGGCUCCCGAGCAAACACUCAUCUCACUAUUAAGGACUUCGAAGAUAUUGGACAGACAUUUUGUAAAACUCUACUGGACUACUAUAAAGAUGAUCCUCGAAAUGAAAAACUAAAAUUGAAGAUAUGCAGUAGAUUAAUGGAACAAGGGUCUAAUGCAGAACAACCUAAAAAUAUAGACAUAUCUGAUUAUUCAAGCGAUGAAAGUUCAUCAAGUGUAUGUGAAGAAAUUGUUGACAAAUUAAGUUUUGAAGAAGAUGCCAGUGCUCUGACGCAAUUGUCAAUUAUUGUACCUCCAAGUACACCAAUUGUUCCAAAACGAAAAUCACAAAAAAAAAAAAAAAAAUCAAAACAUAGUAAUAUUAAAAUAAUUACGUCUUAACUGCCCU